GGGCGGCAGCGCGGGCGUAAGAGCAGAGCUUGCAGGGACAGGCCUUGAGCCUGGACCAUGCAGAGCCUACCAAUCAUUCCUGUGCCGGUGCCGGUGCUGCGCCUCCCUCGGGGCCCGGAUGGCUUCAGCCGAGGCUUUGCCCCUGAUGGACGCAGGACCAUCCUGAGGCCAGAAGUCGGAGAAGGUCGUAUUCAAGAUCCGCCAGAGUCACAGGAACAGCGGGCCCGAGCCGUUCUGCGGGAGCGCUACCUCCGAAGCCUCCUAGCCAUGGUGGGCCACCCUGUGAGUUUCACACUGCACGAAGGUGUACACGUGACUGCCCAGUUUGGUGCCACAGACCUGGAUGUAGCUAACUUCUACGUUUCCCAGCUGCAGACUCCCAUAGGCGUGCAGGCGGAGGCCCUGCUUCGAUGUAGUGACAUAAUUUCCUAUUCCUUCAAGCUGUGAAGACUGUCUGCUCGUUCUCUUGUGGGCAUUGCCGCAGUAGUCCAGGCCUCUGUUCUCAGCACCUUCCUGGACUUCGAAAGCAAGCGCCAACAAACUCUGGCUUUGGACUCAGAGGCACACCAAAGCAGAGACCACCUGGGGCUGGAUGCUGAUGACCCUGGCUCUCAAGAGGCUGCGGUGGGAAGAUCAUAAAUUCAAGGGGGGACAGGCUGUGCCACAGUGGGAGGCUGCAACCACAGACAUCCUAGGUCUUUCGUGUUGAAAGGAAUGUUCUUCCUCACACUAGUGAACUUUACAGAAAUAAAUUCCAAGGCUAGGCCUUGCA